AUGGACACUUGGGUCGCUGGGGCGCUGGACGCAAGUGGCGAUGUUCCCCGUAUCCAAGACGCCGCCAUCCUCGCCAAAGCUUACUUCUGCCCCCGAUGUCAACAGUUGCGCCUCCUACGUCGUUGCCAUGCGACGGUGAGAAGCAAGCACUGCCCCCAAUGUCUCACCAAAUACCUUCCUGACUCAGAGCACUACCGCUGCGUCAAAAACUGUUUCGAGUGUCCCCAGUGUGAUACCUCGCUUGGGAUAACCGUUGAUGAUGUCGACAAUGGCAAGCAAUUCCAAUUCCAGUGUCGAGGGUGUUCCUAUUCUUACCAAACCAAGGUGAUCCAUACCGCCAAAUCCCUCCACACAAUCGUCAAAGAUGAAGUUGGUGGUACGCAAACGCAAUGGUUUCGCCAAGUGGCUCGCCAACUAAACAGCAACGCUACUGACUCGUCGACGCUUGAUGAGGUAACAAAGGCCAAUUUAAAAUUACUGGGGAUCAAAGUUGACGACGAUAUUGAACCACCUUCGAUUACUGAUACCACACUACCCCCCAUUCCACAAGGGCGCAAGUUGUGUUCCAAGCUUUCCGUCAAAUGCGGUGAAUGCCGUACCGUGCUUCAAGAGCCGAUGUUAGAUGUGAAGCUGCCAACGAUAUCGAAGUUCCACGUAAAGUCCUUGGCGAUAGACGUUGUUCCUCAAAUCAAAGCUACCUUGCCGCUGCAACCAGUGUUGCAGGAUGGGAAGCCUGUACCGGUGGUAUUAUCGGUUAUAAGCCCACUUAAGGAACCACUUAUGGUAACGCUUGCUGCUCCAUCUAUAUUGCCUUCAGACUACACGUCGCUCCCAAACAAUGUGGUGGUUGGUAUUCGUCUCCCCACAGCCAAGUUUACGGUAGGCCCGUCCUCAAUAGAGGACGCUCAACGUGAGUUGGUUAAACGUGUGCCCGUGGUGAUGUUGACAAAUUUCUCGUCUGUGGCGGCGGCUGAGCUUGUACUUCGACGAGGGAAUGCUCCACAAUUUCCUACGUCAGUAUCUCAUUUCAAGGAGUCGGGGCAUUACUGGACCCUGGUGGGUUUAGAACUUUCAUUAGAGGAGAAUCAGAAUGAAGUUGAUGUUGAAGGUGAUAUUAAAAUACCUAUUUACAUGUCCAUCAGCAGUGCCGAGCAAGACUCGCAGAAACAGGAUCGUCUUCGAUUCGGUGUGUGGACAAUACUUGAUUUGGGUACCAUGGCGACCGUGUAA